AAAUUUUGGCGGCUAGCCAUUUCACGUUUGAUCUUUACUCGUGUUAUAAGCUUACGUGUUUCCAUUCAGCCAGGCAAUUGUUCAGUGUCCAGUCACACCGUACCAACUAUUUAUUUGCUUUGUUUUUUUUUUUUGCUAGAAGAAUUUAAGCUUUUUUAGACUUUCAACAACAUCCCAUCGCAAUCAUAAAUGUCAUCAAUAGAUAAUACCCGAAUGGACAACUCUUCAUCCAAUGCAUCAAUAAUGGAGGUUGACGAAGAUGAAGAUGCCAUUCUUGACGCAGAAGACGUGUCUAGCUCGUCCUCUACUUCAUCACAAAUAGACACCAUCAAACAUUCUGCCCCACCGCUAGGACGAAGCGACUCCGGAUCGUCCGUCAGCUAUAUUGACUUGUCCAAGCUCUUGUUUGCCAGUGACUUUGACUUUGGCUUGAAUAUAGACCACAUGAGUGACUCCGCAUUGAAAAAGUUGAACAAUAUGAAACGUAAAACUCAACAAACCUUGACCAAGUACAACAAGAAACAAAAGAAGAACUUGGAGUUGGACAAGUUGCAAGAGAUUUUCAACCAGCGAUUGGCCAAGUUUGACGAGAGAAUUCACCGCAAUUUGCAGAGCUCCCUGACGGAAAAGCUAUUCUAUGCCGUGUCGAUAUUCAUUAUUGCCGCCGCUGGGUUCGUCAUUGGGAAGUAUCCUAUAUACUUUCCCCAUUUCCAUACGGCUAUCUUUGUGGUGUUGAUGCCAAUUAGAUUCUACACCUAUUUCAAACAAUCGUUCCAGUACUACUUGGCCGAUUUAUGUUAUUAUGUCAAUAUGUUGCUUAUGAUUUUCAUAUGGGUGUUCCCAAACUCCCCCAGAUUAUUUGUAUCCGUGUUUUCGUUAUCUUUGGGGACAUUAUCAUUUGCCGUGAUUACAUGGAGAAAUUCGUUAGUUUUGCAUUCCAUUGACAAGACAACGUCAUCGUUCAUCCAUAUCAUGCCGCCAGUCACCAUGUUUGUCAUGGUGCAUGAACUUCCUGAAGAAUAUGUGAAACAAAGAUAUCCGGGAAUAGCGGCCAUUGACAACUGGAACUUCAUGUCUGCGAUAAUCAUUACAUCUAUUUACUACACCAUUUGGCAAGUACUGUACCAUUAUUUCAUCUCCAUUCGUAAGAAGGACCAAAUUGAAAACGGGAAAGUGACCUCGUUCUCGUACUUGCGGAAAAAGAACCAAAAGACGAUUUUGGGGAAAUUUGUUAAUGGAUUGCCAUACCUCUGGAUGCAAACGCUUGCAUUCACGUUGAUUCAGUUUGGAUACCAGUUGUUGACCAUGAUGUUUUGUCCGAUUUGGUACAAGUACAAACAUGCCUGUGGGGCGUUUGUCACAUUUAUUUUCAUCUGGGCCGCAUACAAUGGUGCCACUUAUUAUAUUGAUAUCUUUGGCAAGAGAUUGGAAAAGGAAGUGGAGAAGUUGAAACGGGAGAUUGUCAGUUUGCAACAAGAGAAUGAAAAGUUGCAAUUUUCUCCCUUGGCUAAACCUCAGGUUCCUGAUGAUGACGUGAAGCCUUUGGGCGAAGUGAUGGGAUAGUAUAAGUAUAUAGAGUAUAGAAUACCACGAUGUUUUACGUACG